UCAUUGACAACAAUGAGGCUGAAUAACUCAUGAGCUCUGUCCAAGCUGAGUUGUCUUUCUUGCACGAUUCUCAGAGUAGCUUUGAACAUGACCAGCAGCCUUCUGUGGGCCAAACCCUUGGGACCAGGGAAGCUUUAAUAAAACAACACAAAUUUUAGCUUUAUCACCAAAGAAGAUACAUAGUAGGAGGAUACAGAAUAAGACGCCUUUCCAUUUGGAUUAUUUUUUUAAAUGUAUUUGAUUUUUGAGGGUUCUGAGGGUAAGAAGCUUUGACGUCAAGGAGGUUGGAGUGAAAAAAAACAAAAUGAAACCAAGAAUCUUUCUCACCUGCCUGGCAGCUUUCUACUGUUUGAGUGGUUGUCUGGCCUCAGAGCUGUCUUUCCUGCUGGAGCCCAGUGAUGUUAUUGCGGUGAGGGAACGCCCCCUCAUGCUGGACUGUCGGGUUCAGGGUGAGGAACCGAUCGUGGUUACGUGGCGUAAAAACGGUGUGCCUUUACCUACCAGCCCGCGGGUUCGGGUGCUGGUGAAUGGCACUCUGUUCAUCCAGAACUUCCAGAAACGCAGAGAGGGGAAUGAUGCGGACAUGGGCGAGUACGACUGUGCUGCUCAAAAUCGCUAUGGCAUGCUGGUCAGCCGCAAGGCCAAAGUCCAUUUGGCAUCUCUUCCUAAGUUCCACACCCACCCAGUGUCCAUGUCUGUGGAUGAGGGAGGCGUUGCUCGCUUCCAGUGUCAGAUCAACGGAGUGCCUGAGGCCAACAUCACCUGGGAGAGAGACAGAGUAACACUCAACACCACUGACGAUAGAUACACUCUCCUGCCAAUGGGUAUUCUCCAGGUGACAGGCGUGAGACAGGCGGAUGCUGGGGUUUUCCGCUGUGUCGCCACCAACACUGCCAAUACUCGCUACAGCCAUGAGGCCAUGCUCAACAUCACUGGAGGGGCUCCCAGAACCUACAAGGAGCCAGUCAUCCUGUCAGGACCCCAGAAUCUGACCAUCACUGUCCAUAAGACGGCCAUCUUGGAGUGCAUUGCCACAGGAAACCCAAGGCCCAUUGUUUCCUGGAGUAGGCUAGACGGACGCUCCAUUGGGGUGGAGGGUAUCCAGGUUCUGGGGACGGGGAACUUGAUGAUCUCAGAUGUUUCCCUCCAGCACUCCGGUGUGUAUGUGUGUGCUGCCAAUCGGCCCGGCACCAGAUUGAGACGUACUGCACUCGGACGACUCGUGGUACAAGCUCCUCCUGAGUUUCUACAGUGGCCACAGUCUGUGUCCAAACCAGCAGGGGGCAGUGCUGUGUUCACCUGUGUGGCCCAGGGUGUACCUGAGCCUCACCUCAUCUGGCUGAAGAACGGCAAGGUCCUGAUGCCCGGACAUAACGUCAAGCUAACCAAUAAUAACAGCACUUUGGCUCUGACCCGUAUCAGCUCAGAGGAUGAAGCCAUCUACCAGUGCAUUGCCGAAAACAGCGCUGGCACCAACCAGGCCAGUGCCCGCCUGGCCGUGGCCCAGACUAAAGACCUGCCCCUGGCCCCCCAGAGCCUCACAGCCAGCGUACUCUCCUCCAACACACUACAGAUCACAUGGAGCCAACCGCCCUCCAACGUCACUGACAGCAUCAUUGGAUAUGUUCUGCACAUCCGCAAGAUAGGAGAGCCCGACAGUUUGGAGCUGCAGGAAGCCAUCAGUAAAGGUAUCUUUCAGCAUGAUGUGACCAACCUGGAACCAGCCACCACCUACUCCCUCUACCUGAAGGCCUACUCUCCACUGGGAGCCAGCCAGCAGUCCCACACUGUGGUGGCUACAACACUAGGGGGUGUGCCGACCCCUCCCACGUUCUUCACCAAGGUGGUGAACUCCAGCACUGUGCAGGUCCUCUGGGAGCUCCCCAGUAAGGCCGGCAAGGCUGAGGGCUUCAAGCUGUCCUACCGCAGGGUUCCCCACGCUGUCUUCCAGGGACCAAUCCAGCUGCCCUGUCACAUCAAUGCCCACACCAUCUCUAAGCUGGAUCCGGGUGCAGUGUAUGAAGUCAAAUUGGUGGCCUACAAUGGAAACGGGGAGAGUGACUGCUCCAAGAGACUGGUGUCACUGGCAGAGGAAGGCAUGAGUGACCAAAGCACUGGAGGGAACAGUCUUUGUCAGUGCAAGGAUGGAGAGGCCUCUCUGGGCAGCAUUGUCAUUGGCAUCCAUAUUGGCACCGCCUGCAUAAUCUUCUGUGUUCUCUUCCUUAUGUUUGGAUAUCGUCGCAGUCUGUUUUGCAGUAAAGGGACUCAGGACAACUGGUCUGUACCGAGGGACAACACAGGACACAAUGGCAUCCCUAAAGAUGGAGCAAACCGCCACACAGUGGAGUCAGUGCCUCAGCAACCAUUUCCUUGACCAGUUCCUGUACCAGUGUACCGUGUCAGCUGCCAGCAAGGCCAGUCCAGAGAGUGCUCACCAGGAUGACUACCAUGGAGAGCAUAACUGUGGCAGAGCCUGAAUUCCACUGCCACAAGUCUAAGCCUUACUGUACCAGAGAUCGACAGGAGCCUUAACAACCUCCUGUUCCAGCCAGGUCACGUUUUGUUUCCAUCAUGUCCAGUUUUGGUGGAAAUCUUCAACUUUUCUGAUCUGACAUCAGAAGAUAUCAAGAAGGCCAUGUAGUGUUUCCUCCUUGAUUAUUGUUGCUCCAUUAUGUGGUUAUCCAUGGCUUUUCAAAUACACACAAGUGUCCAUUUCCAAAGACAUAUUUGUGCAGAGGAUGUAGCUCAUGGACCUCAAUUCAAUUUUUUCUAUGAAUUUCAUCAAAGACAGGAUGCUUGUUUGAUCUGCACAGACCUGAUGGCAUACUGAAUAUAAGCCAAAAAAUGACUGAGGCCAUGCUGCCAAGUUAACUUUCCAGAUGCCAAAUUGGUCACCCUGGGACCUCAACGACACUGAGUUGGCGGCAGACGUUUUAAGGUGAUACUUGUCUGAAUGCACGGACAAGGCUGAUGUUUCACCGUGUCAGCCUAUCCAAAAAGUUCUUCUAUGAAAACCAAGCUGAAUGAUACCCAAAGAUGUAAACAUUUUGAUGGUUUUCUUUGAUUUCCUUUAAAAAAUAAUUUUAAGAGACUGCAUUUACUUACAGUUUUGGAUUGUUCCAGUUUGAAAGGGGUCGCCUGUGUGUAAAGUGCUUUAACUGAACCCAAGCCAAAAAAAUGUUACUCAUGAUUUCAUUACCAUUUUUUAAAUAUCUUUCAUGUCCUUUAGUUUGGAAGUCAUUACAGGUGUACCCCUUCAACAUGGAACUCUUUAUUUUGAUUAUUCUAAUAUUUUACUUUUAAAGAGUGACCAAAUGAAGAUGCCAGAUAUUUUGAAAGAUUUUUUAUGUCGAUACCAUAAAGAAUACUUGCUUCCUCUUGUAAAGUAGUUGAAUUUGUGCCAAAUAUUUAGUGAUCUUAAAGAAAUAUGUAACCAAAUAACUCUACAUUUUUAACAUUCAUAGUAUUUACCAUUACAUUUCCUCAAAACCAAAGCACAGAAACAUGCUUGUGAGUGAGAUACAUGUGUGUGUGAAUGGCUAACAAUACAUGAACCUUGAAGGUAGAAGCUUUGAGAAGGAACCACAAAUUUAGACACAAAACGUUGGUUUUGACCCAAGUUGUUUUACAUAGCUCCCUAAUUCCAUCUUUUAGUGCACAAAAAGGAGAAAUUUAUAUUUAUUUAUUUUUUGAUUUCACAACAGUUGGUUACAGUUUGUUUUUUUGCAUGUAACCAAUCAAAUAAUUUCAUUUUAGGCUGUAUUUGUAAUGUCACUGUUUUAUCUGACAACUCACAGCCAGAAAACAGGCAUGACACAACACAAAAUGAGCCUUAGACUUUGAUCACCAAGCCACAUUAGCUUACUAGCUAAUGUCUCCUUUUCUAAAAUUAAAGACACAUAUCAUAUGUUGCUCCUUGGUGUGCUGAACAACCAACCAAACAAAGUCCACCAGGGAAAAGUGUACUGCUAACAUCAGUUUGCAGGCUAGAUAGUUGUAGCUGUAGCACAUUAAACAGCUUGAAAACGUACCUGCAAAUGUCAACAACAGUUAGUUUAUAUACUAAAUGAUGUGAUCCUUAGUAUUCACCACUACUAACAAAACACUGCCAGUCCAAUACUUUUAAACUACAGUUUGCAAUCUAAGAAUGUUGGUGAGUCCUGGCUUGGCUGUCAAUCAAACACUUACACCAGCCCGCACACUCAGAGGCUAAAUGAGCAUUUCUUAUGUUCCUCCAAAUACCUUACCUAAUACCUAAUACCUGAAUACUUUUUUUCAGUGAUAAAAAUAAUAACAAUAAAUGUAAAUCACUUGACUGAUGUGACUGAUUGUGAUUUCAAAUGGACUUUAAAAAGGUGUCCCAACUGAAAACAUGAAAAAAUGCUUUGAACCAGGGUUUCAACCAUGGCUCUGCCUCUUAUUACAUAACUGAAGAAACUCACUCACUCAAAACUGUGUGUUGCCUCAAGCUUUUAUGGCCCUCAAGGUUUACCGAAACCUUUAUGAGUGUUAAAGGCUUACUCAAAGCAGAACAGUAUAAAGAUAAGGGUUUUCCCCUUCAUCUCCUUUCUUACACAACUGAAAGCUGUUAAACCAAUGUGAUACCAAAAAGUGUAUGGGAAAUCUAAAAAGUCAAUGUGUUUUUGUGGUAUGAAGUGGUUAAACUAGUUUUUUUUUAAUGGAAAGCAUUUGUUGCUUCUGUUUGGUUGGAUUCAUUUCUCUGCCUCUUUUCAAUUGAGUAUUUUGUUCUGCCAAAACAAAUGUUUGCUUUUUAAAAAAAAGUUUAUUAUUGUUAUUAUUAUUAUUAUUAUUAUUAUUAUUAGAUCUGAUAACAUUAAUUAUGAUAAUUUCAAAUGUUUUCUUUUUUGACAUGUGUAAUGGAUGUAAUGGAUGAUAUGAAAAUGAUUGUUAGGAUUACUUUGUGAUGGUCUUUGAGCAAAUGAUGAGUUUUCCAGAGACAGUAACUAUAAGACCAGAACGAUUUUGAAGCCAGAUUGGCCCUGAAGACUAGAAGAAAAAGAACUACAAAAAAUACAAUUAAAAAAUAUAGGAAAGUAGAAGCUGGCUGCUAGUACCAAUGAGAAACAACGCUUUAAUGAUUAUAAGUGUUUCUCUGUUUUCUGAGCUUCCCACUGAUUUAUUGUAGCCAACUGAAAACCUAAAGCUUUAACCUGUUGUAACUGAGGUCCUGUCCUUGGUCUUUGGCCAAAAUGAAAAAGUUUGGAGGUAAAGGACUGACUGUAGAUAAGCUGCAGCUGGAAACGGAGACCAAGUUGUGACUUGAAAGGUUUUCAAAGUACAUUUAAUUUUACACAUUAAUGUACUACAUUCUCACAAAAAAUGUUUUAAUUUGUUAAAUGUUUCAGUUCACACAAAUGACAAAAAAAACAACUCAUAGGUUGGAUUUUAUUUACCAAGGUUUGUUUGUUACCAAUCCAGUACACUAGAAGUGAAUGGAAUUUAUGUAGCUUAAAAUGAGACUAUGUAACUUUUGAAAGAAGAAAUAACAUUUUUUUCACAUUAAUUCAUAAGGAACGCACCUUUGCUUAAUUCAUUACACAUUUACUGCUACAGUCUUACUUGGCCUGGUAUGACCAGUAGUUUAUGGUGGCUAUUGCUAAAACUAUCAUAUAGAUAUUGCUGUGUUACUGACAUUACUUAGUUCGCUGACUAAUCUCGUGCUUCUGUUACACUAUGUUGGAGCAUUUUAUCCCAUAAUUACCACUUGUGGCUACAGUGGCCACUGUUCAGCAAAAGUUACAUAUGCUUACUUUUUAAAGCAUUGAAAAAUAUAUUUGAAAAACUCAACAGAAGUUGUACUUUCUAUUUUGGUUGUACUACCUGAAUGGCUAGAUACCACAAGGGAUAAGUGGGAAAUGUGUUUUUUGUGAUUUGUUUGAACUGACCCUUUAAUGUUAUUUAUUUAGCCUGAUGGCUCCUGUUGUAAGUCCUUAAGUUGUGAAGGUAAUUACAAGACAACACCAGCACUUUGCCACAGAAACUGUGGCGCUCAUAUGAUAAAAUACUAAUCAAUUGCAUAUUUAUUGUCAGUUAGUAUUCUGAUAAUACUCAGUAAGCUCCUUCUCAUAAGCUACAGUGCAUCUGGAAAGUAUUCACAGCGCUUCACUUUUUCCACAUCUUGUUAUGCUACAGCCUUAUUCCAAAACAGAUUAAAUUCAUUAUUUUCCUCAAAAUUCUACAAACAAUACCCCAUA